CGGAGGAGGCGUGGCCGCGCUUGGCCCCGCCCCCGGCAUGGUGGGGGCUCCGCUGGGCCGCGAUGGAGUUGGGGGCGCUGCGCAAGAGCUACCGGGGGGACACCGAGGCGUUCGAGGAGCGGCACCUGGUGUCCCUUGACCCCAUCGAGCAGUUCCGAGCCUGGUUCCAGGAGGCGCUCGAGUGUCCGGGCAUCGGAGAGGUCAACGCCAUGUGCCUGGCCACCUGCACCAGGGACGGGCGGCCCUCGGCCCGCAUGGUGCUGCUCAAGGGCUUCGGGCAGGACGGGUUCCGCUUCUUCACCAACUACGAGAGCAGGAAGGGCCGGGAGCUGGAUUCCAACCCCUUCGCUUCCCUCGUUUUCUACUGGGAGCCGCUCUGCCGCCAGGUGCGCAUCGAGGGCUCGGUGAAGCGGCUGCCGGAGGAGGAGUCCGAGCGCUAUUUCCACUCCCGCCCCAGGGGCAGCCAGAUCGGGGCUCUGGCCAGCAGGCAGAGCUCCGUCAUCCCCGACCGGGAGUACCUGAGACAGAAAAACGCGGAGCUGGAGGAGCGGUACCGAGACACGACCGUGCCCAGACCGCACUAUUGGGGCGCGUACAUCGUGGAGCCGGAGGUGCUGGAGUUCUGGCAGGGCCAAACGAACCGGCUGCACGACCGGAUCGUGUUCCGGCGCCUGCGGGACCGCGAGGAGCCGCUCGGGGCCAUGACCCACCGGGGACACGGCGACUGGGUCUACGAGCGCUUCUCACCCUGACAAUGUCCCCUGGAAUGUCCCCGGAAAUGUCCCCGGUGUCGCGGCCACCCCGCCCUGUCCCUUGUCGUGUGCUGGGAGAUGCCCUCAGCUCGGUGUGUCCCCAAAUCGGGCUGCGAGCGCUGGCGGGGGUUAAUUAAUCGUGUUAAUGAUUGUGCAGGAGGUGCUGUGACCCCCUUGAUGUCCCUGUCCCCUGUCGCUGUCCCUGUCCCUGUCCCUGUCCCUGUCCCUGUCCGCAAUCGUGUGCUGGGAAAUGGGUUCAGAGCUUCCCUCAUCCUUGGAGUGUCCCCAAAUGCAUCUCCUGGUGGUUAAUUAAUCGUGUUAAUGAUUGUGCAGGAGGUGCUGUGACCCCCGUGAUGUCGCUGUCCCUGUCCCUGUCCCUGUCCGGCCGCUGCCACCUCUCUCUCUCUCUCCACGUUUUACCUGGAAUCCUGGAAUGUGCUCGAUUCCCGAUUCAUUGUUAUUUAAUUAACUUAAAUCGUGUCUGCCCUGUCCCAGAGCCGUGAGAUCCCAACCCUCACCCCGUCCCCUCCUCCAGCUGCUUGGACAAAAAUAAAUCUGGAUUUCUGCGGA